AUGGCGGACCAGAAUCGCGCGCGGUCGCCUUCUGCUGCCCACUUAAAUAACACCGCGCCCACCCCGCAGCAGCAGCAGCAGCAACCUGCCUAUCACCCUUCUUUCGCUGCCUCUGCCGAUCCCUCCACUCUGCCCUCCUCCUCCUCCAACCUCUACUCCGAUCCCUAUUCUCAGGCGCAUACCGGCGCAUUGGACCCCACCAACACCCAGAACUACCUCUUCGACCCCACCUUCGCCAACACCCAGGCUGCAAAGCUGCAGCAGGCCACCAACGACCUGGCGCUGCUGCAAUCGCAAAACUUCGCCGCGCAAGGCAACAGCGACUUCAACUACAACCAAGGCGGAGUGAGCUCCGACUCCAGCGCAUUCCCCUCCUUCGACUUCAACCAGACCGAUUUCUCGGAAGACGCGCUAGACCCGGCGUUUCUCGCUGAGCUGGACGCGCAGCAGCAGCAGAUCAGCCAGAUGGCCGCUGCUCUACAACCGCACUCGCCGACUCCUCCGCACCUCCUCCCGGAGAUGGCGCGGAGGCAGUCGAACAGCCACAGUCCCAGCCCUCACGCGUCUCCUGCCUUCCACCAGCAGUCCACGGUGAAUCGGCCGCGCGGGACCUCUGAAUCACUCGACCCGUCCAGCGCGUUGUUCCCUCAAGGGCAGAAUGAGUGGUCAAACAUGGGCGCAUACCGGGGGCAUAUGAGGACACCAUCGGACCAGUACUCCGAGUACUCGAAUCAUUCCAACCAGGCGUCGCCGUAUCUGCAGACAUACGACAGCUUCGACGCAAAUGCGCACUCCUCCCCACUCAUCAACCCGCAGCAAGACCCUUCGUUCACCGACAGCCUGGGAUUGCAGCAAUUCAAUCUCAAUGGAGACCAUCCAGGCCACAGCCCUCAUAUUUCCCCGAACCUCAUGCCGCAACAACAGGCGCUGCCGCAAUUCACGGCUGGCGACUUUGGCUUGAACCAGGAUCAAUUUGUGCAGCAGAACAACGGUCUUGAUAUGUACACUGGCGCCGGGCAGGAAGCAUUUCCGCAGCUCAACAAGCCUCAGAGUCCGAAUGAUCUGGGUGCGGCGGAUCAGAUGAGCCCGCCGGAGAUCCAAGUCGAGUAUGCGCCGCCCGCGAUGAAUCCGAACCAAGUCCUGCGAUCAACCAAUGAUGGGGAGGCGCUGAGUCCGCCGGCAAGAACUCAAAGCCGCAACAGGAUGCGCGCCAAAUCCGACUCAUACGCUGGCUCCCGACCCUCAAGUCCAGCCGUGCUAUCUCGCGGUCGUUCACCCUCUCUACAGCCUGGCACGGCAAUCAGCGACAACCUCACCCCCUUUGAUCAACCCUCCUCCCGCUCCCCAUCACCCCGCGGUCGCGACAAAUCCGCCAGCCGCGGCCGCAGCACCAGCCACGCUUCCGACCAACGCGACUACAUCCUCAACCUCGCCGAGCCCGAGCGCACGCCUUCCAACGGCGUCAAAGACAACGGGCGCGUACAAAAACACCCGGCCACCUUCCAAUGCCACCUGUGCCCCAAACGCUUCACCCGCGCCUAUAACCUGCGCUCCCACCUACGCACCCACACCGACGAGCGCCCCUUUGUCUGCACCGUCUGCGGCAAGGCUUUUGCGCGCCAACACGACCGCAAGCGCCACGAGGGCCUGCACAGCGGCGAGAAGAAGUUCGUGUGCAAAGGCGUGCUCCAAAGCGGUGCGCAGUGGGGUUGUGGGCGCCGGUUCGCGCGCGCCGAUGCCCUGGGCCGCCACUUCCGCUCCGAAGCCGGGCGCGUGUGCAUCAAACCCCUGCUAGACGAGGAAGCAGAGGAGCGGCAGAAAGCGUGGAUGGAAGAGCAGCAGCAAGCGCAAGUGGCCGCCGGCCUCGUCGCGCCGCAGCCUCUAAUGAGCCACGCGGCGCAGAUGGAGAUGAAUGCCACUUUCCUGCCUGCGGUGCUUUUGCAGCAGUACCCUGCGCUCGCGACGAUUGAUUGGAACACGCUGCCGCAAGGCCCGCCGCCGGAGGAGGAGGCGUAUAAUAGUCGCAGCUCGUUUGAGGCGAGUUCCGGCGGCGAGUAUUAUGAUGAUAUGAGUGGGGAUGAUGGUGCUGGGGGUUUUUCGGAUGAGCAGAUGGGUGGGAUGGGAGGUUUUGGCGAUGGGCAGCAGGGUGGGUUGGCGGGUCAUCAGCAGCAACAACAGCAGCAGCAGCAGCAGGGUUUCUAUGGGGGACAGUCGACGGGGGAUUAUUUGGGGGAUUUUGAGGGGCGGUGA